AUGUCAGAGACGCAAAAUGACGAUCAUGAGCUACUGAUAAAGGAAGUAGUGAAGGAUGUAUCAGAUCCUGUGAUUGUAGACGCUCAAGGUCCCGAAGAGGAUAAACAGCUUUAUGACGUGAGAGGUCAGAUAAAUGACGAUAACGAUGAAGAGGAUGCGCAGAGUGACAAGGACAGAGGUGAGAUAAAUGACGAUAGCGACGAAGAGGAUAGUACAGAUGGGGAUGAAGAUGAAAAUGAUAAUUUAACGCAAACUAUCAUGGACAUGGGACGACAUGAUCGCAUGCAGCGUAUCCAAAAGGUGCUGUAUGAGCAGCUUGUGGGCAACGACGAGCGUCUGUCGUUAGAGCUUCGGGAGAAGGAGGAGGAGCUUCGUCGUACUAAGGCUGCACGUGAAGAUGUCGGUGUGGCUUUGUAUGGAGUACAGCAACAACUUGCGCAGCUGCAAGUUGCACUUGAGGGAGCUCAUCAACGUCUUUUAACGCUGCGUGAUGAACGCUUUUCAAGUGAAGAUAUGCUCGAUGAGUGGAAGAAAAGCGCAGAGGAGAAAAAGCUGGCCGCCGAACAGCGUCGUGCACACUUUUAUAAGACACAAGCAGAGCUUGACUCUUUGAAUGCAACGUUAAGACAAGUAGAGAAAUAUAACGAGGAAAUGAAGCACGAGAUCGCAAGCACUCAACGUGCCGCGGAGAAAGCAGAGGAAUCAAUGACUGUUGCAGAGAAAGACAAGGUAAAGCAGGAUUUGUACAUUGAUCGACUGAAUGAACAAGUGAAGACAUUGCAAGAGCAACUCGCUAUCAAUGCAGCACAGCUUAAAACACAAAGAUUGGAGACAAAAGCGGCUGAGGAGACGCUGCGUCAGGCAGCAGCACAAAUGGAAUCUGUUACUUUUGAAAAGAAGCAACUUCUGCAGCAAUGGAAGAGCUCACUCAUCGGCAUGCAACAGCGCGAUACUGCCUUACAGGCCACUCAAGUUGCGAUCUCAAAGGUGGGCGAGGACACAUUGGCAUUGAAUGCUGAACAACGUGGCUACAAGCUCUCAAUUGAAAAGGCUCAGCAGACUCAUGAAACGCUAAUUACUACUAUUGAGCGCUUUAACGCAGAAAUACGGUUCAUAGAGGAGCAAACUGAGAAAUUGCGAGCCGAGCACGAGCGUCUCACAGCUCGUCACGAGUUGCUAUCCAAGUCACUUAAACAAACCGAGUCUCAAUUCUUAAUUGUUUCAAAGGAAGGCAAGAGGUUAGAAGUCGAAGCAACUCAAGUAGCGCAUCACUUGGAGACAACACAGCGUGAACGCCACGCUCUAGAAGACGAGAUUGCCGCGGAAAAGAAUGACCGAACUACUGUCCACAAGGCAGCGCAUAAUCUUACAAAGGAGACACAAAGACUUGUGACACAAGUACACGAGAAAGAAGUUGAACUUGCAAAUUUGCGCAACGAGAUGGCUCGAGUGGGAGUGGAUGCAUUGAAUGUACAGAAUCACAUUGCGCAUCUUACAGAAACCCAACGAGUUCUUGUCGAAGAGCUUAAGCGAGAUGAUCAGAGAGUGGAACGUGGGGAACUCGAGAUCCGACAACGGAACGAUGAGAUUGAAAAGAAAAUGCUGCGUCUGGAUCGACUGAAUCGAAAGUACGAGCAUUUGGUUAGCAAGAUGGAGGAUGCAGACACGGGUCCACUGGAAGCGACAAUCAAUAAUUUGGUUCGUGAGACAAAAAUUGGAAGAGAAGAGAAUAUAUCAAAGCAGAAAAUGUGGCUACGAGCACAAACAGCUCUAGUUCAUGCUGCUAGUGAAACACAAGAAUUAAGCGAACGCAAUCAGGAAUGCAAGAGCAAAACGAGUGUAUUGGAACAGAAACAAUUGCGGCUUCAGCACGAGCUGCAAGAAAUGCAACGUGAGCUUCGAGACCUCUCGAACGGUAUUGCGUCACUGCACGCAGACACGGGACGGCUGAAUGGACUGAUUUCGCGCCAAGGGUCUCGACACGAUGAAUUACUAAAUAGCAAUCAUGCGUUUGAACUUGACUUUGCUACUGAAUUGCGAGAGCUUGAAGCGACUUCCAUUUCUAUGGAAGCACGCGCUGCUAGUUUACGGCAGGAAAAACACGAACUGGUAGCUCGAGUCGUGGAAGUGGAGCGACAGCUCAUGCUAUGGGAGAAAAAGAUUCAGCUGGAAAAGGAAACACAGGCAGCACUUGACCCUGAAAUUGGACAGGCAGAGGCACGGAGUAUGGAGAAAGAGAUCCAUCGGAUGCAGCUGCGACUCGAAGCCUUGCAAAGAAGUCAAGAGCAAAUGCUGCAAGAUAUGGAGCAAGCAGUUCACAAACGCGAUGUCAUUGCGAUGCGUGGACGCAGUAAGAAAGAACAAGAGGCAGAAUUAACAUUUGCAGCAUUGACGGCAAAGGUGUCAACACUACAGAAUCAAUUGCGCAAAAGUGAGCGAGAUACUUCACGACUGGACAAGAGCAUUCGCACGCAAUUGGUAGCGGGUCAAGAAAUUUCGUUUCAACUUGAAAAAGUAUCAGCUGAAGUCAAGGUGCAUGAGGAGCGUGGAGUAUCUCUUCAACGUUCGAUUAAUACGGCACUUUACAACAAGCAGCGAUAUAUAGAUGCGGCUGCACGUAAAUUGCGAAUGAUCAAGCGGUUUGACUCGCUAUGCCGUGGAGUAGGUACUGGUUCGCUGGACAACGAACAAGCGAAUUUUAAGUUGAAAAAAGCAAAGGAGGGGAUUGAAAAGGUUCGAGCUAUUGUAUCCAUGCUAGAAAAACAAAACCCUCACUUAGCUGAAGUUCUUCCUCGCGUUUUGCUGCUUGCCGAAGAUCCACCACCUUUAAACAAGUAG